AUGACUCAGCCUUUGAAUUUUUCUGCUUUUAAGAGAACUGUCUUCGUUGGCUCUGCAGGGCAAACCUUUCUCAGCUCCGAGCAGUCUUUGCAAGUGGGGCCAAGGAGCCACCCUGAGUCAGAAAAAGAGCAUUAUGUCACCGGAAGUCCAAGCCCAGGGAACGCAAGUUCCUCUGGACCCGAGGCAUCAGAAGCCAUGUCGAAGCCCCACAGUGACGCUGGGACGGCCUUCAUUCAGACUCAGCAGCUGCACGCAGCCACGGCCGACACAUUCCUGGAGCACAUGUGCCGCCUGGACAUUGACUCGCCGCCCAUCACCGCCCGAAACACCGGCAUCAUCUGUACCAUUGGCCCAGCUUCACGAGCAGUGGAGACAUUGAAGGAGAUGAUUAAGUCUGGAAUGAAUGUGGCUCGUUUGAACUUCUCUCAUGGAACUCACGAGUACCACGCAGAGACCAUCAAGAAUGUACGUGAAGCCACGGAAAGCUUUGCUUCAGACCCCAUUCUCUAUCGGCCGGUGGCGGUGGCCCUGGACACUAAAGGACCUGAGAUCCGAACCGGGCUCAUCAAGGGCAGCGGCACCGCUGAGGUGGAGCUGAAGAAGGGAGCCACGCUGAAGAUCACCCUGGACAACGCCUACAUGGAAAAAUGUGACGAGAACAUCUUGUGGCUGGACUACAAGAACAUCUGCAAGGUGGUUGACGUGGGCAGCAAGAUCUACGUGGAUGAUGGGCUCAUUUCUCUGCUGGUGAAGCAGAAAGGUCCUGACUUCCUGGUGACGGAGGUGGAGAAUGGUGGCUCCUUGGGCAGCAAGAAGGGCGUGAACCUCCCUGGGGCUGCCGUGGAUCUGCCUGCUGUGUCAGAAAAGGACAUCCAGGAUCUAAAGUUUGGGGUGGAGCAGAAUGUGGAUAUGGUGUUUGCGUCCUUCAUCCGCAAGGCUUCUGAUGUCCAUGAAGUCAGGAAGGUCCUGGGAGAGAAAGGAAAGAACAUCAAGAUAAUCAGCAAAAUCGAGAAUCAUGAGGGAGUUCGGAGGUUUGACGAAAUCCUGGAAGCCAGUGAUGGGAUCAUGGUGGCGCGUGGUGAUCUGGGCAUUGAGAUCCCCGCAGAGAAGGUCUUCCUUGCCCAGAAGAUGAUGAUUGGUCGGUGCAACCGAGCUGGGAAGCCCGUCAUCUGUGCCACACAGAUGCUGGAGAGCAUGAUCAAGAAGCCUCGCCCUACCCGAGCGGAGGGCAGUGACGUGGCCAAUGCAGUCUUGGAUGGAGCCGACUGCAUCAUGCUGUCCGGAGAGACGGCCAAAGGGGACUACCCCCUGGAAGCUGUCCGCAUGCAGCACCUGAUUGCCCGUGAGGCAGAGGCUGCCAUCUACCAUUUGCAAUUGUUCGAGGAGCUCCGUCGCCUGUCACCCAUUACCAGCGACCCCACCGAAGCCGCCGCCGUGGGGGCCGUGGAGGCAUCCUUCAAGUGCUGCAGUGGGGCCAUAAUCGUCCUCACCAAGUCUGGCAGGUCUGCACAUCAGGUGGCCAGAUAUCGCCCCCGGGCCCCCAUCAUUGCUGUGACCCGGAAUCACCAGACAGCUCGCCAGGCCCACCUGUACCGCGGCAUCUUCCCUGUGGUGUGUAAGGACCCAGUGCAGGAGGCCUGGGCUGAGGACGUGGACCUCCGGGUGAACUUGGCCAUGAAUGUUGGAAAGGCCCGAGGCUUCUUCAAGAAGGGAGACGUGGUCAUUGUGCUGACCGGGUGGCGCCCUGGUUCCGGCUUCACCAACACCAUGCGUGUGGUUCCUGUGCCGUGA